AAUCAAAUAAUGAACAAGAAUAUAAUCCUAUUCAGGAUAUUUAUGAUAAUUUAAUCAAUGGAUUGGUACCAUUAUUUAUCAUAUUAGCUUAUAGUGGUAAUAAAAUAAUAAGACAAAUUAGUAAUUCUAACUAUGAUUAUGUUUGUAUGAUUUCAACUUUUUGUUCGUUUAUUUCUCUUAUGUUUUUUGGUUUAUCACCUAAAAAUUCUAAGUUUUUAGUUAUAUUUGGUAUUUUUUAUUUACUUUCAGUUUUUCCAGUUGUUUCAUUUUCCGUGUCAAUAUAUUGGGUUAGAAAAGAUAUCAUAAUUGAAAAACUUAGUUAUGAAUGGUUUAUAGUUGUUUCAUUUUUUAUUAUUUUAAUAACUUUUAUUUUUAUUUUAUUUGGUCGUGCAAUGUUGGUUUUAAGUUUGAUGAUUUUUCUUUUGUCUAGAAUGUUUGAUGAAAAAUCGACUUUGGGUAAAUUUUUUAAAAAAUUUGAUAAAAAAUCUGAUAGAAUUGGUUUAUCAAAAUAUUUCCGUACAAAUGAAAAGGAUGAUGAAUUAAAGGAAUUUCUUGAUAAUACUAAAAAAUCUAUUUUAGAUUAUGUUAAAUCUCAAGAGGAUUUGGAAACAUUUCUUAACAAAAUUAAUAUAUCUAUUUUAAAUAAUAUGUCAAUAUCAGGAUCAAUUUCUUUGAAAAGUUCUCAAAUUGAAGGUCGUCGUAUUUUUAAAAAUGAAAGAGAUGAUAUUACAAUUGUUAUAGAAAAAGCAAAAAUGAGUACUUUUCACAUGAUUUUUAUUAAAGAUGAUAAAAUUAUUAAACCACCAUCUAAUUAUAGUUAUAAAUAUGAUACGGGUAAUAAAAUUGAAAAAGUAACAAAAUCCGAUGUAUUAAAUGAUAUUCCUUAUAUGUUACAAUUUGCUGUAUAUAAACCAAAAUGUAUUCAUGGUUAUAAUCGUAAAAAUGAUAUAGAAAUUUUUACAAAAAUUGAUAAUAUUUUAGGAAAUGUUGAAUAUAAAGAAGAAGACUAUAAAGAUAUUGAUAUGAAAGAUGAAGAUGAAGAUGAAUAA